CUCUCCAGCAGAAGGCAAUGGCGCAACAAACCCAAACACAGUCUACGCUCAAGUCAACAAGGACAAAAAGAAGAGAGACAAGGAAAAGCCAACGCUGGUGGUUGACCCAAGCUCCGAGUAUGCCACAAUUGACAAGUCCAAGAAGAAAAAGAAAGACAUGUCCUCACCUCCUGAAGAUCCCAGUGCUCAAUACUCAGAAGUCAAGAAGGGCAAGAAAAAGGACAAGGACAAGAAAGCAUCACCUGUUCCAGAAGUCAUCUACACAGAAGUGAAGAAAGACAAGAAGGACAAGAAGGAUAAAAAGAAACCACCAGCUGCCAAGAAACCCAAUGUCAAGAAUGCACAGGAAUCAAAGAAGAACCCACAAGGACUGAUCUAUGCAGAGCUUAGCGACUUCCAACUGAAACCGCCACCUAAAAAGCCGACCAAAGCCGUUCCACCCAAACCUCGUUACGAGGACGCACCCACGGAGUACGCCUCGAUCAACUGGAACGCUUCGAGACGAAAGGCACAGGAGCAGCCACAGAGCGGGAGUGACUCCGACGUUGAAACGAUAUGA